AUGUCAUCCUCUAUCUCGAGGGUCCUCCUCUUCUUGGCUGGCUUCUGCUCCCUUGUUCCUGGCCCCCAGGCUGCAAAUUUUGAAUAUGUGGAUGGAGCUUUACAUGACCAUGAGCAUCAUGAAUAUGUAAUCUGCCACAAUAUUUUCUACAACGUUUUUGACUUGGCCCUUGCCUUUUACCGGGGGCAGGCCAGUUGGUCAAAAACCACCAACACUUUACUGUCGCCAAUUAGCAUCGUGACUGCUUUUACCAUGCUGUCUCUGGGGACCGAAGGGGAAACUCUCUUACAGAUCCUGGAGAGCCUGAAUUUCAACCUGAGAGUGGCUUCCGAGAUUCACAUCCACCAGUGCUUCCAGCUUCUCCUCCACAUCUUCCAGCAUCCUGACCACCAGCUCCAGCUGACCAUGGGCAGCAGCCUCUUUGUCAGAGAUAGCCUAACACUCAUGCAUCAGUUUGUGCAAAAUGUCAAGGAGCUGUACAACUCAGAUGUUAUCUCCAUCAGCUUUAGGGAAACCCGAUUCGCUAGAAAACAGAUCAAUGAUUAUGUAGAGAAGGAAACCUAUGGAGAAAUAGUGGAUUUGGUCAAAGAUCUGAAGAAAGACACCGACCUCAUCCUGGUGAAUUAUAUUUCCUUUCAUGGAAAGUGGACUGUUCAAUUCCCAGCUGAAUACAUUGCGGAAGAGGACUUCCACGUAGACGAGGUGACAACCGUCAGGGUGCCCAUGAUCAUUCGCCUGGGUAUAUUUCUCCUGACCCGGGAUGAGGAGCUGUCCAGCUGGGUGCUGGUCCAGCAUGCUGUGGGUGACGCCAUGGCCUUCUUCAUCCUGCCCGACCCAGGGAAGAUGCAGGAGCUGGAGGAAGGCCUGACCCAGGAACACUUUAAUAGUAUCCUCCCAACCAUUGAUGAAAACCAGCAUCACAUGGGCAACACCAAGGUCUGCCACUUGCCUGGUCUGCAUGUGGACCCAUGGAACCAUGGCUGUGACCAUAGAGGGCCUGGCCAGCUCAACACGAGGAAACGAAUCUUGAAGCGGUCUCAGUCAUACAAGCCGCUCCCUGCAGGCUCUGGGGUGACCUCGGGGCUCCCUCCCACCCCACCCCCACCUCCAGAUGGCCUGGCACCAGCUGGCUGUGUGGACAAAGCCAGGUCAGGAAGGACGGCGAGGGCCUCAGGAGACAGCAGCAGGUUGCAUACAGACACCAGCCAGGGUCAGCAGAGGCCCCAGGCUCUCAUCCUGCACAGACAGUUCCUGGUCACAAAAGAAUUGAGUGUCCCCAUGUCCCCUACACAGUCUGCAAGCCCCCAAGGCCUGAGAGUGCAGGAGGGACAGUCAGUGCUGUGUGUCCAGCCACAGCCUCCCCCACCUCCGCACCCUGCUCGGACAAUGCCAUCAUCCGUGUCGCGGCGCCUUCUCUUGCUGGCAGGCCUGUGCUGCCUGCUUCCGGUCUCCCAAGCUGAGGAUCCCCAGGAGACAGAAGCAUCUGACCAAGACUCCAGGUUCCAGGAGCAUCCAGGCUGCCGGAACAUCGCAGAGACCCUCAUGGACCUCUUCUUUUCCUUGUACCGAAAAACAGCCCAACGGUCCAAACUCAACAACAUUUUAUUGUCUCCAGUGAGCAUCGCUUCCGCCUUUACAAUGCUCUCCCUGGGGACCAAGGGGGAAACUCGCACACAGAUCCUGGAGGGCCUGGAGUUCAACCUCAGAGAGAUGCCUGAUGCUCACAUCCACCAGUGCUUCCAGCAUCUCCUCCUCACCCUGCUGCAUCCAGACCGCCAGCUCCAGCUCACCAUGGGCAGCAGCCUGUUCAUUCACGAGAGUCUGAAGCCCUUGGAUCAGUUUGUGCAGGACGUCAAGGAGCUGUACCACACAGGAGUCAUCUCCAUCAGCUUCAGGGACACCCAAGUCGCCAGGAAAGAGAUCAACAAUCAUGUGGAGAGAAAAACUCAUGGAGAAAUAGUGGAUUUGGUCAAAAACCUGGAGGGAGGCACAGUUCUCGCCCUGGUGAACUACAUUUCCUUCCAUGGGAAGGCCAGAGUGAAGCCCCCUGGGGGAUCUAGCCACUUGACAAAUAAUAUCCCUUACAUUUAUCCUGAUAAUGAAAACUUUGGAAAACUGCAUGAGAAAUUCCUGGUGGAUCGCAGUGUGCAAGAGUACUUCCAAGUGCACAAGAAGAGAACCGUGAUGGUGCCCAUGGUCCACCGCUUAGGGAGAUUCUACCUGCAGCGGCACAGGAGGCUGUCCAGCUGGGUGCUGGUCCAGCGCUACGUAGGUAACACUGUGGCCUUCUUCAUCAUGCCCGACCUGGGGAAGAUGCCGCAGCUGGAGCAAAGACUCACCCUUGAGCACCUUGAUGCCAUCCAGAGACACAUUGCCAUUAGGUGA